GAAGUCCCUAACUGCACGAUUGAACAUAUUUUCGAGAUACGACAGCGACGGACGAAGUAAUUGGGUCUUUUAAAAACUCAAUUGGAGAAUUUGGUGCCAGUGAAGCAUACGUCAGCGGCUGUCCAAGUGACCCAACCCAAAUUUUGUACGUCAGGCAGGGUGGCUCGCCUAGCGUCAAGUCAGCUUUCGUACAAUACGUUUGCGAAGUACCACUGCAACUAUUGUGAAGAGGAUGUUAAUGGACUGAGGGUACGGUGUCUGGAGUGCGAAGACUUCGAUCUUUGUUUACAGUGCUUUUCGUGUGGUGCUGAAAUUGGCAAGCAUAGACGAAAUCACGGUUAUCAAUUUAUGGUGACUAAAGCCAGACGUGGGACGCUGCAGGACGAGAGGUCAGGUGACGUAGCUGCAGCAGUCCCUGUAGAGGCAGAGUUGGUGAUGGUAGAAAGGCGUGGGACGCUGCAAGCUGAGAGGUCGGUCGACGUUGUAGCAGGCGUUCCAGGAGCAGAGGCCGGUGUUUUCCAGGAUACAGGAAACUUUAGCAUUUUCCCUGGUCAAGGCCAUUGGACUGCACGAGAAGAAGUCAGAUUAUUGGAUGCAAUAGAACAGUAUGGAUAUGGGAACUGGGAAGAUAUCGCUCGUCACAUUGAGACAAGAACGCCUGAAGAUGCAAGAAAUAAAUAUAUCAGCAGUUACAUAGAUGGCAACAUUGGACGAGCUUCAUGGAAACCAGCUCUGGAGAGGUUGCAGUUGCCAAUAGAACACACAUCUGCUGACACAGGGCCAUUAUCACCCACUCUAGCCUCGUCUUUACCUUCACAACCGCUGUGUCUGGAAGAAAAUACUAUCUUGGGAUACAUGCCUCACAGAGAUGAUUUUGAGAGGGAAUGGGACAAUGAUGCAGAAGCGACAAUAGCGCCACUUUUUAUUCAUCCUGUCGAUGAUGAAGACAUUGAUAUGGCUCUUAAACUUGCCCAGGUGGAUAUGUAUAUGCGACGACUACGUGAGCGAUCUAGAAGAAAGCGUGUUGUUCGAGAUUUCCAGAUUGUUCCACAGUUCUUCAAAAAGGAGAAAGAAAAAGCACAAGUUCCACCCAAAAAGAAAAGUAAAGAUGACAGAGAUGCUGUAGCAGAAAAAUUACGAGCAGCCAGUCAAUUUCAAACUGCUAGUGAACAUAACAAUCUAAUUUCUUCCAUGGUGCGAGAAAGAGAGCUCAGAACAAGAAUAAGAGAGUUAUUAAGAUAUCGGCGAAAUGGUAUUAGACAUGUGGAAGAGUGCCAUGAAUUUGAAGUAGCUCGGUCACGACGAGAUAAGAAGAAAGAAAACAAAAAGAAGUCAGCCAGCCUGCCUCAGACUCCAACGACUCAAAUGGACCUGAACAUAAAGUCAAAAGAAAACGACGCAAGAAGUCCGAAAUGUUUAGCAGAAAAAAAGUUCACGCCUCUCGAUACUGGCGGUGGAAGAUGGCUCAGCGGGAACUUGAGCGGCAGCGGCUUGAGCGGGAGCAGCGAGAGCAUCACAAACUGGGGGGGCGGGAACAGCACGCAACAGACACAGCAGGGGGGGGUAGCCGGGGGGAAUGAUGAUCCAGUGCCAAUUUCAUCAUUGCCAGGAUACCAUCUUCUGUCCCAGAGAGAAAGGAAGCUGUGUGCCUCCUCAAAUAUCAAACCAUCCCAGUACAUUGCUUACAAAGCAGUUUUACUAAAGGAUGAAGGCGAUAAGCAGCAAGCAGGAGUGGGCCCAGCUACCCGUAGGGGCGUCUGUUGCCCACAAGGCCUUGAUUCUCACUCACAGCGUAUGAUCACGACUUUCAUGACCCAAGCGGGUUGGAUUUCUUCGUUUACAUGACCAUCAGUUAAUUUUGGGACCUAAGCAUGUUAUCUCCUCACCUUUAUUAAUUGCUACCAGUUUAGAGAUAGCAAUCUCUUAUAGUACUUUGAAUAUUGAGCAUAUUGUGGGGAGAGAGCUGUUCCAUACACCUGCUAUGAUUAUAAGCAAUUAGACAAGAACUCUUUCGAGAAAAUGAAAGGGUGAGUGAGUGUGUGCGCGUGCGUGUGUGCAUGCGCGUGUGUGUGUGUGUGUGCGCGUGCAUGUGUACUCACCUAAUUGUGCUUGCGGGGGUUAAGCUUUGUCUCUUUGGUCCCGCCUCUCAACUGUCAAUCAACUGGUGUACAGGUUCUUGAGCCUACUGGGCUCUAUCAUAUCUACAUUUGAAACUGUGUAUGGAGUCACAUGUGUGCGUGUGUGCUUGCACAUGUGUGCACAUGUGCGUUUGCGUCCUUGUACAUGUGUGUGCGCCCGUGUGUAUAUAUUAUGAGUUCAUUACAUAGUCUGUUACAGUUUGUAUUUAAGGGUCCCUAUCAACUGAUGGAUUAUGGCUUGAGGUCCCUUAUAAACAGCUUUUUACUGUAAUGGGCAUGAUUGAGUCACAUGCACAUCUUCAAGCAUGUUAUGUUGUUUUUCUUCUGCACAUUUUAUUGAUGGUCUAAUACGUGGAAUCAUGUUAUACAAGCAAUUUUUAAUGUUCAUUGACAAUACUGUAUAGACAGUGCAAUUGCAGCUUUGAAAUGAGAAUUUGCUGUAAAAUCUUGCUAAAGCCUUUGACAAUGGCAAGAAUAGCCUUUAAUCUUUAUGAUAGUCAUAAAUAUUGGUAAAACUUAGUUGCAAUAUUUGCACAUUGCUUGUACUGGUGAUGGUUGUAUACUAGUGUUACAAGUAUUCUCUACUCUGUUGCAGGGAUUAUUUCUCACUGGACACACUCCUCCAGUAUAAAAUACUGUAUAUGUAAAAAUCAUAUUACUGUAGCUGUAUUAAAGUUAACAGUGUUAUUGUAAAUAUUUUUGUGAACUUCCCUCUUAUUAUAUUGUACAAAAGGAGUUUUUCAUCUCGUUUAGUUUUAGUUGGCCAUCUGCGGGUGUGUACUAAGAUGUUCUCUAGUCAUGAUGAUACAGAUGCAAACUCUAGCUACUAUUCAAAAUACUGCUGGCAGAAACAGGCUUUCUUACUUUGAUUUGUAAGGUCUUAAUUUCUUUACUGGAGGUAGAACUUAUAAAAAUAUUUUGUUACUUAUAAUAUUUUGUAAACAUUACAUAUAUUGAUAAAUUUUUAAAAGAGAAUCUUGGUUAAUUCAUACCAAGAAGUAUUGUUUAGUUUAGACAUAAGGAUAUUAAUUUUUAUACAAAUGUGUACCUGGAUAUUUAUCUUUUUUUAAAAGACUUGUAGUAUAA